AUGGCAGAAAUUCUUGCUAAAAAUCAAUUAAAUCAAUUAAAUCGUGAAUUUGUAGUCACUCAAAUUGAUUUAAUUCCUGUCAUUUCAAAAAGUUCAAAAAGUCCCUGCAUCUUUACAAUUGAUAAUGUUUGUACUCCCGAAGAAUGUGCUGCACUCAUCGAAUAUUCCGAAAAGGAAGGAGUUUAUGAACAAGCAUUAAUAAACGUUGGAAAUGGACAACAAAAAUUGAUGUCGAAUAUACGAAAUAAUACUCGAUAUAUGAAAGAUGAUAAACAACUUGCUUCCAUGUUAUGGUCUCGUAUUAAAAAUUUGGUUCCAAAUACUUGGAGCAAAGAUAAAUUUCCAUCAGUAGGAUUAAAUGAAAGGUUACGAUUUUUACGAUAUGACCCUGGUGAAUGGUUUAAACCUCAUCAAGAUGGAAAUUAUCAACAACCUGAUGGUAGUGAGACUUCAUUUGUUACUCUCCAAUUAUAUUUAAAUGAAGGUUUUGUUGGUGGAGAAACUACAUUCUUAGAUUUUACUGGAGAAAAAAAAGUAAAGGUUACCCCUAAAACUGGAAGUGUUUUAAUUUUUGAACAUAGAUUGUGUCACGAAGGUUCGGAAGUUGUAAGUGGAAGAAAAUAUGUUAUUCGAACUGAUGUUAUGUAUAAAACAGAUAAAUAUCGUAAAAGCCAAUAG